GAGAGCGAGGCUGAACGCCUGACGUCAAGGCGACACCGCCAAACCUCGCCCAGAGUCAGGCGUGGAAAGCAGCCCGAGCGGCGGCGGCGGCGGCGGCGACGGCGGCGACGGCGGCGGCAGCGGCAGAGACCGCCGUGGCGCCGGGAGCAGCGACCCGAAGGGAACGCGCGGCGACGGCGACGGCGGCGACCCGGUGACAGCGCGAGAGGUACUAAGUGUGACAGUGUGCACCAUGCGUGAAUAUAAGCUGGUCGUGCUUGGCUCCGGAGGCGUUGGGAAGUCGGCCCUGACUGUACAGUUUGUUCAAGGAAUUUUUGUUGAAAAAUAUGAUCCUACGAUAGAAGAUUCCUACAGAAAGCAAGUUGAAGUAGAUGCACAGCAGUGUAUGCUAGAAAUCUUGGAUACUGCAGGAACGGAGCAGUUCACAGCCAUGAGGGACCUGUACAUGAAGAACGGACAAGGCUUUGCUCUGGUUUACUCCAUCACAGCACAGUCGACAUUUAAUGACUUACAAGAUCUAAGAGAGCAGAUUCUGCGGGUUAAAGACACUGAUGAUGUUCCAAUGAUUCUGGUUGGUAAUAAAUGCGACUUGGAAGAUGAAAGAGUUGUAGGAAAGGAACAAGGUCAGAACCUAGCAAGACAGUGGAACAACUGUGCAUUCUUAGAAUCCUCUGCAAAGUCCAAAAUAAAUGUUAAUGAGAUCUUUUAUGACCUAGUGCGGCAAAUUAACAGAAAAACUCCAGUGCCUGGGAAGGCCCGCAAAAAGUCAUCAUGUCAGCUGCUUUAAUGUACUGAAUGCAUUGUAGCUCUGAGCCAGGUCUGAAGAACUGUUGCCCAAUUCAGCAGUGCCAGCAUUCCAACUUUGUUAAACCUACCAACAUCUUAAAUGGACUUUCCUGUGGUGGUACCCUGAGAGGCGGAUGAAAGCUACUCUAUCAGUUUGCACAUUCUAAUCACUUUCCAGUAUCACGAGAGAUUUUUACUUAUAUAAUAGUUCUAGAGUAUGCAGCUGGUAAAACCAGAGGCUACAUCCAGUAUUACUGCUAAGAGACAUUCUUCAUCCACCAAUGUUGUACAUGUAUGAAAAUGGUGUACUGUAUACUUUAACACACCCCAUACUUUGUAUUGGAGAGUACAAUAAUGUAAAUCCUAAAAGCACCACUAUUUUAGCAUAAUAAAAGAAAGUCCAAAGAGCUCCUAUAUAGACUACUCCAGAUAACUUUGCUUCUUUGAUACUUGUAGCUUAUUGUAAUUUUUUUUAAAUUCAAGGUCAUUAUCAUUGUAUUAUACAAAAUAAGCGCUUUGAUUAACACAGCUAUAUAGUUUUUUUAAUUUUUCAAAAACCUGUGGAGACAGUGAUCUUGUCUUUAAAAUAUGAUAGUCCUUUCAGUAUAAUGUCUUAGAUUAAAGACGUUGCCUUUAAUAUCUGUUGGGAAGGAAAUGUCCAGACUUUUCAAAUCUCCUUAUUAUAUGUUUCCUUUUUUGUUUACAUAGGGAACAAUGUUUAUAGUUGUGUGUACAGUGGGGGUCUACAACAAGAAGUGUAUAUUUUCAAACAAUUUUUUAAUGAUUUAACAAUUUUUGUAAAUCAUUUUCAGGCUUCUGCAGCUGUAGAUUCUCACUGUGACUCCCUUGCUUGCUCAUGCAUUCGUGUGUCUGCAAUACCAAAUAUACAGGUUUAGUAUCUGCCUGUUAGUGAUUGUUUCCUAUGUGUAACGUUUCGGUUGAGAUGUUAACUGGUGGACGAGUACUGUGGAUGUGAAUGUGGGAAGUAAUUUUAAUCAUGUGUAAUUGGUCACAAGGCCUAAUUUGCAGUAACUAUUGCUGUUUUAUUUAACAAUGCCUUGUUGCUUUGUAUGCAUUAACGUUUGGGUGUAAAGAUUGUGUGUCCAUCCAACAGGGAGCCACAGUAUUUAAAUUGACCAACCUGAUGUUACAACGACUUUGAGGUGGCCAAAUGUAAACUAAAAGCCUUAAUUAAAGUGGUGCAAUUUUGUAUAACUUAGCAUCCGUAGUUCAAUAAAUUUGGAUUGCCGUGCAAGGGCUUGCAUUAUAAUUACUUGCCACUUGAAUGUGUUUUGUGUAAUGUUUUAACAGUGCUAGUAAAUAAAUAUGGGUUUACCUUUUUAAA